AUGGUCGACCAUCGCUGGCAUUAUCCCAAGGACAUCGCCAACGAUCUGGAUGGCGUUGACCUGCCCCCAAAAAUCAAGGCAGAGGUCUUAGCUUGCGCAUGGGAGUACGCACGAUGCGUAAUCCCACAGUAUACCAACUGGAAGCGCUACGUGGCGUUUAUGCGAAUCAUCAUCAUUGGCACCAUCGCAGAGUUCAAAGGCUCCCUCUUCGAUCUCACAGCCGACGACAAGAACAUGCUCGGCUUUGAUCUCGACCAAGUGCUUGACGACCUUUUCGAAGACACACCAGGGGCGAAGGACAUGGCGCGCGAGUACAGGACCUUUUUGACUGUGACCAGCGACAAGACCAGUGAACGAGUACACGACCAAUUCUUUUCCCGAUAUGCCAAAGCGGUGUCAUCACAUCCCGCAAACUGGUUCCGGCUGCGUGAUUGCGACGCACUCUGCCGCUUCACCAUCGCGUCAGCCCUGGUCUGUAACGACAUGGAUGAUGUCUGGUUUACCGACCUGCAGUGGGAGGUCUUGACUGAAGUCGGCGACACUCUCUACGAUGCCAUUGCCUUUUACAAGCACCGAGCCGAAGGAGAGACCAACAACACGUUCGCCUAUAUGCCACAAGAGAUCCGGGUCGAUACCUUCCGGAAUGCCCGCGAAGUGCUGUGGGCGCUCGAUGUCGCAUUUGCCAAGAAGCCCGAGUGGCAAGUGGUGAUCAACAUGGUCCGGUUCUUUGGCGGACCCAUUCACAUGAUGAUGCGUCGAUAUCGAUUUGUCGAAGAAGGCCUGGUGAUUGGGAAGAGUGAGGAUGAUAGCGUGCGAGCAGCGGCCAAGAAGCACGAAAAGCUCUGGCAUCGAUUGGAAGGACGGACCGAGUCGCAUGAGCAGGAGGGCCAGAUUCGUUACGAGAAGAUUCUCAGCAAACAAGACCGUCUGCUGUUUCGUGGCUUUGUCGACAUUCUAGAAGAAAGCAUCCGCCAAGACAGCCCGCUGGCAUGUCCCGCACGGUUCGGGGGUGCACUGCAGGACGUGUCGGCGCGCGAGCAGUGGAGGUCGUAUGCAUCGACGUUGAAUGAGCGCGUGAAGCUGGCUUUUCCGGAAGUCGAGGUAAUACCUCAACUCCCAGCAUAG